AUGGGUAACGUUAAGAAGGCGUGGUGGAGGACGACAAGGCGUGGUGGAGGACGACAAGGCGUGGCGGAGGACGUCAAGGCGUGGUGGAGGACGACAAGGCGUGGCAGAGGACGACAAGGCGUGGUGGAGGACGACAAGGCGUGGCAGAGGACGACAAGGCGUGGAGGACGACAAGGCGUGGCGGAGGACGACAAGGCGUGGCGGAGGACGACAAGGCGUGGCAGAGGACGACAAGGCGUGGUGGAGGACGACAAGGCGUGGCAGAGGACGACAAGGCGUGGUGGGGACGACAAGGCGUGGCGAGGACGACAAGGAGUGGUUGAGGACGACAAGGCGUGGCGGGGACGACAAGGCGUGGCGGAGGACGACAAGGAGUUGAGGACGACAAGGCGUGGCGGGGGACGACAAGGCGUGGCAGAGGACGACAAGGCGUGGGGGACGACAAGGAGCGGUUGA